AUACUUUGAAAAAUCCAACUACAAAUUUCAGAAAAGAUCAAGUACAUUAAUUUUGAAUCUUUGAAAAGUUACCGAUAACUGUUGCCUAUUAAUAGAUUGGAUGACUAAAUUAAAAGAUCAUGUCAUUUCGUAAUUCGGAACAGUUUUAAGGGCACGAACAUUCUUCUCGAUAUCUUUAAUGAAGAUAGUAAAGUAUGUACGACACAUUCUUAUUUGUCUUGUUUCACUGAAUAACUCGUAUUUUCAAUUUACUUUCUAGUGAUAAACAUGGGAAAUAGCAACGGCACAAAUUAUGGUGGUUACGGCGGGGGAGGAGGUUGGAAAGGUUGGGCAGGUUGGGGUGGUGGAGGUGGUGGUGGACCUGGCGGAGGGAGAGGAGGAGACGGGGGACGUCCAGGACAGGACGGUCAGGAUGGUCAAGAUGGUGUUAAUGGCGGUGGAGGAGGAGGUGGUGGAGGCGGGGCAGGAGGAGGCAGAGGGGGGAGAGGGGGUCAUGGAAGUGGAAAUGGGAGAGAUGGACACAACGGACAAGAUUGAAGUUAUUAUUAGACGAUAAACUGAUGUUCAUUUAUUCAUUCAUGUUUAUAUAUUUAUUUAGAUAUAUAUUUCUAAUUGGAAAAAGUUUUAUUUGUUUUACGUUUUUGAAGAUGAAUUAUUAAAAUUAGAUUAUUUUAUUCAAUUGUGAUUUUAAGACUAUUAAUCUAACGAUUUUUCCCUGGAAGAUUUUCUAUCUUAAUGUGUAUGUAUUAACUAAUUGCUUAAAUGUUCAAUUAAGUAAUUAGUAAAUAGAGCCAAGAUAUUAAUUAUUAAGUUAAAUAUCAAUAUAUUAAUAUUUAUACUCGCGAUAUUAUUGUUCGAUACUCGUGUCAUAGCCAACAAGUGUGCUCACUUUCAUUUAAUAGAUAAUAUCUGCAUUGGCUAUUGAUUAUCAAAUGCACGACUCAUAUUAUAUAUUGAAGUAUGCAUCUUUUGAAUCAUUUUAGUGUUAUAAUUAAUUGAUUUUUACACGCAUUUAUAAUUUGAAUGUUUAUACGAUGUUAAAUUAAUUAAUGUAUUUGUCUAAACAAACUAUGUCAAUAAGUCUUAGAAAAUAAAAAGGGUAAAACCUCACAACAAUUUUUUCUUCUUCUUUUUUCUUUAUGUGAAUAUGGUCCAGCGCAUGGCCAUAUUUGUCGAAACAUUUCAUUGAUUUGUUAUUCAAAAACAAAAUAACACCUGAAGAAAAAUAAGAACAUCGUUACUUCUAAUACAAUGGUUAUAAAUAAACAUAUUCUACUGAACACAGAAUUGGAUCACAGUUAGAUCUAAUACAUUUGAUAAUCAUAAUGUAUUGACACCUAUUAGAGUCGCAGCAUCUUACUUCGUUUUGAAUAUGAGUCAUUGUAUAACAUUGGAUAUAAUAAAUCAAAAGUGUCAGAAUUAUAA